UAUAGCGUGGCUGGCAAUCUUGUUCAUGACUGAACUCGCUUUUCUGGUGAAGCAAGAUGUAAGAAACACUAUUUAAUCCCAGCYGAAGACUCUUACUCCAUAAAAAAGCAUGUAUUAGCUGUACAGAAUAGUAAUUUCUGUUUAUAGCAGUAGCAAUUGCAAAUUUUUGUUCCUCCAAGAUAUUUCCUUGAAGCGAAAGUUUUACGUCUGUGGCACUCCCUGCGACGCUGUCGUACAGGAGUUGAAUAUGGUCAUUUGGAGUAUGAAAAAUGAAUGUAUAGCAUUUGGAAACGAUAAACACUGUACUCCUUUGCUCAAACAACUACGAGAUAAAAGCAGAAAGCGCUCUGUUCUUGACGCUUUCGGGGAGACGACCGAUGCACUAGAUCACCUGGAACUAUCUCCUCGAGUGAAGAGAGUUGUUAGGCGACCGCCGCCAGUUUUAACUGUAUACGUACGGAAAGAAAAUGAGAAAGCAUACAAUGCUAUAUUUAUGGAAACUAUGACUGUGGAUAAUUUCAAAGAGGCAGUUUCUCUAUGUUACGGUCUUAAAGGAACUUCGAUAAAGCGAGUUUCAYUACAAGGCAAAUCUGGUGAUUACAAGGAGUUAGAUGAACAAUGUCUUAAAACAUUUGUUGAUGAAGAUGAUUUUAUUAUUUCGUUGGACUAUGACAGUAGUGAAGGCUUCUGCGAUGUAAUUCUGGUCAGUGGCAGCUGACAGUAGCUGCCUUCUAUGGAGAAGUAAUUCUUCUUUAUUUUACAAUAUGUCCUUAUAAGAUCCAGUGAUCAUUAAUUCAUUACCAUGUCAAUUUGAUUCUCUAUUUACUCCCAAAAAGGGAAAUGUAUUGUGGGAUGAUUGGUGUGGCAGUGAUGACAUUUAAAAUKGACCAAUCAAUAACCUGUCAUUUUGGUUUUGGUUUYUCAAUUUUAUUUGUACUUUGACAGCAAGCAGGCAAUCUUCAAGUUACACACCAACCAUGCCAACAAUACUUCUUGUGCACAUGCAUCCAAAAACAUUUACAARUGAUUCGUUAUUGAAAAAUGCUUUCAGAUUGGUUCUUAAUCAAAGUUGUGYGUGAGAAAAUCCUUCAAAGGUUCUUGAAUGCAUGUGGGCCUUGAUAGUUCUUUUUUUAUAUUUUUUCUCUGAAAGUACCAUUAUGACAAGUAUUUUGCYUUCCUGCAAAAGCUUGAUUGUACAAAGAAAUUGUGGCCCUGGACUAGAGGCUCACAUGGUGAAUUGUUUUUUUUUUUUUUCAUGAAACUUAUUGAAAUAUUGUAGCUUUAUUUUUAGUCUUUUAUGAUUCUAAUCAUGUUUUCAAUAUCAGAGUGAAGUCAGAAAAUCAGUGAAAUAGAUAUCACCCUUAUUUCACCAUUGUUUUCUUCACACUCCAAUAGUCAGAUUUUGUGUCAUGGUUUUAAUGACAUCGUUCUAGCUUCUCAAUUUUUCUUUAGGAAGGCAUAAUAUUCAUUCCAAAUUUUAGCACAGUUUGUCCAACUAGUGAAUGCAUCAGUUGUACUAUAACCUUUUUUUCAACAAUGGUGAUUUAAAGGAAGUUUCUCUGCAAUGAUGUCCAAAGUAUGCUAUUUUUAUAUUGUAGAGCUGACAUACUUAAAUACUACUAAAUUAUGCUAGGUCCUUUGCUUCCUAUUGUCUAAUUAUCACACUAUUUAGUAGUGAUUAGUACUAUUUGCUUUAUGUAUUAAGUGUGUUCAUUGUACAAUUUCAGGGAUUAAAAUGAUGCAUUCACUUUAUAUUAUGAUUUUAUCUACAGAUCUUCCCAGUUAAAAAAUCUUGAAUUAUUUAUGUAGUAUUAGCUUGGCUCUAACUACACUAGAGUGAGUGCAUUUAAUCCAUAAAAAUUGUACAAGAUCAAAAUGGCAUAAAUUAGACUAUAUUUGCAACUUGAAGCAGAACAUCUCUUGAAUCACCAAUGUGCAUACUUACACUGUUAGAAGAAUUUUGCUUCAUACAGCUCAGCCUAUUAUUGUCUAUGUUUAGCACUAUUUUGCUACAUCAUGAAUCUCACAUAAAUAGUCAAAUUUUGCUUUGUGGGUUUUAAUGACUUCACUCAGUUACAAUCUCUUGUAUUACAAGGUGAUAUAGUCAUAACAGCCAGUGCUCAUCCUAGGACCGCAUAGGAAUUAUUUGAAUCUGUCAGUUUUUAUUUUGACUAGCCUCAAUGUCAGGCUCUCUCAACCUCUGAUACUCAGGAUAUAUUUUGACAUGAACAUAUGACUGACAAUAAGCGUCAACCACCCCUGGAUGAAAGAGAGCUAACGCAUUUAUAGAACAAACGCAGAAAUACCAUGAAAUAAUACCAAACUAAAUGGUAACAAACAGCGGCUAUUUAGAGACAAUUUAUCAGUAGAGCACAAACACUAAAACUGCAACAAAUACCACUAAAUACUGCUAAAUUAUGCUAAUUCUAUUGUUUCCUAUUGUUUAAUUAACGCUAUCUUGUAGUAAAUAGUGGUAAAUGUUGCACACCAUUUAAUGUUUGUACUCUAUCRAUGAAACAAAUGUUCUGAUGUGGAUUCAUCUUGACUGCGUUCUGGCUCAUUGAUACUGACAAAUUGUCUCUAAAUAGCUGGUAUUUGUUAGUAGUUACUUAUUUUUAUUUCAUGGUUUUCCUGCGUUUGCUCUGUGCACUUUAUGUAAAUAGCGAAAUAAUAAUGCCAAUAAAAGAAGUUGAAAAACAA